UGACUGUCUGUCUAUACUCUAUACUCUAACCCCCAUUCUCUUCUUUCUCAUUAUACUAUACAUUCUCCUCCCACUCUCACACCUAACCAUCCCAAACCAUCUCUCAACUUUUCUAUUUACCGCUCCUAAAUUACUAUUUACCAUUCACCCUUUUUCUAAAUUAAUUUUAUAUUAUAUAUACGUAUAAUAUAAAACUAUAAUAUAGUAAUUCGCUUAAAAUUAUCUCUCUCAGACAGAGCUUCAUUCAAAAAUGGCUUCCGAUCCUCAGCAACCCACGUUAUCGUCUCUCGGCAAGGUAGGAAAGUCUUCUGGUGAGAUUGGCAGUGUAGAGGAGCCUCUUAUUAAUGGGGGGGUUCAUGGUUCUGAAAACUAUUCUGUUGUCGCUGCAAUCCUACCAUUUCUCUUCCCAGCUCUUGGAGGACUACUGUAUGGCUAUGACAUUGGUGCUACAUCUUGUGCCACAAUAUCUAUAGAGUCAGCGACACUAAGUGGAAUAUCAUGGUACAACUUAUCUUCUGUGGAGAUUGGUCUCAUAACUAGUGGCUCAUUAUAUGGUGCGUUGAUUGGCUCUGUCUUGGCCUUUAAUGUUGCUGAUUUCCUAGGAAGAAGAAGGGAGUUGCUUGCAGCUGCUCUAUUGUAUCUUGUUGGAGCGCUUAUAACAGCAUUAGCACCUGACUUCCCUAUUAUGGUCAUUGGGCGCUUUGUGUUUGGCAUAGGAAUUGGACUGGCGAUGCAUGCAGCUCCUAUGUACAUUGCUGAGACAGCUCCAAGUAAGAUACGUGGUCGACUAAUCUCUUUGAAAGAGUUCUUUAUAGUCCUUGGGAUGGUUGGAGGUUACGGAAUUGGUAGCCUUUUAGUUGAAACAGUUGCUGGUUGGCGCUACAUGUAUGGAGCUAGUACCCCUUUGGCAGUGAUUAUGGGGAUUGGAAUGUGGUGGCUACCAGCAUCACCUAGAUGGCUACUUUUACGUGCCAUUCAGGGAAAAGGCAACAUGCAGGAAUUAAGAGAAACUGCAGUUGGUUGCUUGUACCGGCUCAGGGGUCCAGCCUUUGGUGACUCAGCUCCUGAACAAGUAGAUGAGAUACUGACUGAGCUUGCUUAUGUUGGUGACGAAAAAGAAGCUACGUUUAGUGAAAUGUUCAAAGGAAAAUGCUUGAAAGCUCUUACAAUUGGUGCAGGAUUAGUCUUGUUUCAACAGAUCACCGGGCAACCAAGUGUACUAUACUAUGCUGGAUCAAUCCUUCAGAGUGCAGGAUUCUCUGCAGCAUCCGAUGCAACACGGGUCUCAAUUUUACUAGGUUUAUUGAAGUUGAUCAUGACUGGAGUAGCUGUUCUUGUAGUUGAUAAACUUGGAAGGAGACCUUUAUUACUUGGAGGUGUUUCUGGGAUGGUUAUCUCUUUAUUCCUUAUCGGGUCAUAUUACCUUUUCCUGGAUGAUGUACCUGUUGUGGCUGUAGUUGCACUGCUGUUGUAUGUUGGGUGUUACCAGUUAUCCUUUGGUCCUAUUGGUUGGUUGAUGAUUUCGGAGAUUUUCCCCUUACGUCUUAGAGGGCGAGGACUCAGUAUUGCAGUGCUUGUGAAUUUCGGAGCAAAUGCACUGGUGACAUUUGCAUUUUCCCCAUUGAAGGCAUUGCUUGGAGCUGCAAUAUUGUUUUAUAUAUUCGGGGCAAUUGCUGUGGUGUCUCUUGUUUUCAUAUUCUUCGUGGUGCCUGAGACAAAGGGGCUUACUCUUGAGGAAAUAGAAGCCAAAUGCCUUUGAGAUUUUUUGCCUCCAUUUCCUCAUACUGAGUUUUUGUUUUGACUUAAGGUUGGGAUAUUGUUACAUAAUUUCAGGUUGGAGAAACCUAUAUUGUAUGCAAUUAAGUUGUGUCUGUAAUCACACAAGUCAUAAGUUGAACUGAUGUUUCUGUGGUCUCUUCUUAUUAGAGUGUACAGGCGCCGUAGAAUCUUCAUGUCUAUUAUAUUCUCUCUAUACAUGUGUUAUUGAUU